GUUAUACAGUCACAAGACAUAUUUCCUAAUCUUUAAACAGAAACGCCCACGCGUGUUCUCACGGAAUAUGCUGACGGACUGUCUAGCUCCCAGUCUCGAUUAUUCGAUAUUAAGUUUAUAAGUUAGUCUUAAGCUAAUCACCAAUGUAACAGGUUGAUUAAAUAUUAAUUAGAAAUAAAAUUUUAUUCUUUUUAAAAACGCUCCAGCGCGACCUCGCGUUUUGACUGGCGCAGCCGGUAGGAUUUUCACAUCCCGCGAGUAUAUAACUAAAUUGAAAAUACUCAAAUCGAUUUUCAUAGUUCUUGAAAUACCGUGGACUGUCUAAUAGCAGAGUGAAAAUCCGCGAAUCAAAUAAAUAAGUCAAAUAGAAGAGCAUUAAAAUAAUAUCCGGUGCAGUGUGUGAUUAGUGACUCAGGAAGAAUGGAAUUGGGCUGGCGGUUGUUACUCCUGCUGGUACAUCUGAUCCCAAGCCAGGCCCUUCAACUGCAAAAGAUCAAUAGAAACCCAGGCCUCCUACCCAUUAAAGAAGGUCAAGCAGUAGUAGCUUACGACAGAUGGACCGUGAUAAAGAUUUUAGAUUUUAAAGCUAUCAACAACGAACUAAAACUAAAUAUAAAUAACUUCUUAACACUUAAAACCGAAGUCCAAAAUUGUUUCGACACUAGCCUAUUCAAUUCGCAUUUCCAAGAAGUACAGUUACAAACUAGUUUCAUAAUGAAUAUAACAGUGAAAAAAUAUAAACAAUUAGUUCCGACUUCAAAAUCUAAACGUGGUUUAUUGAAUCCUAUUGGAACAUUCAUUAAAGCAAUAACUGGCAAUCUUGAUAAUGAAGACGCUAUCAGAUAUGAAGAUUUAAUUAAUAAAUUGAAAACUAGACAGGACGCUAUUAGUAAUAAAAUAACCAUAGUUUCCGAAAUGAUGAGUACUGUAACAAAAAUUAUUAAUGUAACACGGAAUAAUUUCAUUCAAAUUAAUGAACGUUUUGAGGACAUAGAUCUCAGGUUAAACAAUUCUAAAAUGUUACAAAUGAGCAAUGAAAUUAUUCAUUUUUAUAAUAUUUUUACCCAUAACUUUCAAACUAUUUACUCAAGACUAAAUGAAAUUGAAACAGCUCUCGCUUUUGCUAGGAUUAAAAUAUUACAUCAAUCUAUUAUUGAUACUAAGGAAUUACUGUCAAUUUUAAAAGAAAUAGAAUCUAUGUAUAAUUUAGUAUUUCCAGUGAAUAUUGAAAAUAUUGUAAAAAUUGAACUGAAUAUUGAGAUGGAAGCGUAUAUCAAACAAAAUCAGAUAAAGUUUAUUAUGCACAUACCCUUAAUUAAAAAUGAACUAUAUAAUUAUUAUAAAUUAAUACCUUUACCAGUGCAUAGUAAUAGUAAUAAUAUAUCUAACAUUAUCCUUCCUAAGUAUCCCUAUGUCCUAGUGAAAGGGUUGAAAGUCGAGCCGCUCUCACAACCAUGCCAAGAAAUAGACGAAAACCGAUUUUUAUGUCCUGAAUUUGAAACUGCACCGGUAUUGAAGGACGAAUGUAUUACUACACUAAUGAAUUUUUCCCCCAACACAUCUUCAUGUCGUCCUGUGCCCGUUCUAAUCGAAGAUGUCAAGAUUUAUUUAGUACAACGAAAUCAUUGGAUAAUAUUUUCUAGAAUAGAAACCAUUAUAUCUAAAAUACGUUCAGCUCUUAAACCUUUUGGUGAAAAAUAG